AUGCAUCGAAAAUUCUCUUAUAAAUCUAAAUGCAUCAGUGAAUCUAACUAUAUAAUUUUUAUAUAAUAAAGAAUGUCAUCAGUUAAACGUCUUCGUCUCGAUGAAGUCGUUACAUCAUUUCCAGAACUAGGACCCACAGUUCCAGAUGGUGGUUAUGCAUGGAUUAUUCUUUUUGGAGUUUUUUUAGUUCAGAUGACUGUUCCAAGCAUACUAGCAAUGUAUGGGAUAGUAUUAGCAUAUAUACGUGAAACUGAAUCUGUCGAUUUUGAUAUAUGGAAUGAAAAAAUUAUUUUAACACCUAUACUAUUUACUGCAUUUUGGAACAUAGCUGAUCCUUGGACACGGAUGAUUGUGAGUAUGGCGUCUAUGCCACGUUUAAUAGGAAUAAUAGGAAUAAUUCUCUUGGUAAUUGGAAUUAUAGCAUCCGGGUAUCUUGCAACGGGCGGGGUUGGUGCUUAUUUGGCCAGCACCAGUGCAGGUGCAGUGAUGGGUAUAGGUGCUAGUUUCAUUAUUCUAUUAAGUGACUAUGUUUUAAGGAAAUACUUCAGAAGGAAACUCCAUUUAGCAUUGACGUUGAAAAACAUUGGUGUUUCAUUCGGUCUUUUAUUUAUUCCAAGUAUAACAAAUUUGCUAUUGCAUGAAGCUAAAUUGAAAACUGGUUUACAACUGAUAACCACAAUAUUAUUGCCUACUGUAUUUGGAAUAUUGACUUUUCGGUUGCCUCCUGUUCAACAAACUUCUCCUUACAGUCUUCUUUUAUCAACUGAAGAUGAUACUGAACUUCCUGUAAGAAUCUCUUCAAAUCUUCCUGAGAAUUCACAAUAUGAGGAUAGUCAAGAUAACAUAGAAAAUUUCCAAUAUAGUCAAGCUGAUGAAAAAAUAAAUGCAGGAGGAUUUUUAAAUGAAGGAAAUAAUAUUUAUGCCUAUGAAGAUUUAGAUGAAGACAUAGAUUUAUUUGUAAAUCCAGUAGUUCAUUUGGACAACAAAUGGAAACAACAAUUUCGAGUUCUUAAGAAUUUUCGAUUUUGGGCUGCAAUAAUCGGCUGGAUUGGAAUGAAAACAUCUAUUCUUUUCUUUUGGCUUUUAUUGCCAAUUUUAUCGUAUGACAUUGUAAAUAAUUUUAAUCUUUCGAUAUUUUUAUCUAUCUUGGCUGGAUUUAGUACUUUUUUAUCGAAUCUAAUCACUUAUAAAGUAUUAAAAUUUACAAAUCAAACUAGAAGAUUAUAUUUUGGCAUAGCAUCUUUGUCUUGUAGUGUUAGUUUAAUAGGUCUAACUCGUGCAACUAACUAUUUAUGGAUAAUGAUUUUUACAUUUCUUGGUGGUGUUAGUAUUGGUAGUUUAUCAACUUGUCAGGAUUCGUCUUUGUAUGAUGUUCUUGGUAUUGAAAUGAUACGUUCCAGUUACAAAGGAUUUUCAACUAUUGUAGGUUUAUGCAUUCUUAGUUUUUGCUUUAUACAUAAUACAAUUUUUUGUUUGAGUCUCGUUGCGCUUUUACAAUUUCUCGGUGGACUCUAUUGGAUCUCAUCGCCUACUUUGAAUUUAAUUAAAGCUACUCGUUAUAGAUCUCAUAAAAUUAAAAUUAACGAAGACGAGAUAUGAUAUAAAAUUAAUAUACAUAGAUAUUUAAAAAUUAUUGUAAUUUUAUCCUAAUUUAACG